ACUAAACUUGUCACGCUGCUGAAGCCAGCUGAUCUCGAGUCGAAAAAUGCUGUUUCUGGAUCAACGGCGCUGAGUUUGAGAGGAUGAUGGCUUUCUCAAGGCACAUCAACAUGGGUAGCGAGCAACAACAGCAUAGUGAAGAUGUGGCGAAAACAUGAAUACGAGCGAAGUCGUCGGAAAAUCGCCGGAUAAAAACUGUUUCGCAUCAGGAAUCGGUGAAAUCCCCUUCAUGCACAUGCAACUUCACCAUGUUGUUCAGAGGUACAGCCAGAGCAUUGCACGUAGUGGGCUUGACUGCGAGGCGGGCCCCAGUCUCUAAGCGAAUAGCCCUCGCCGGUGGAGCCAUCUCUUUUGGAAUUGCGUAUUUUGCAGACGAGAAGCUGGGCGUACAUCACCACUUGGACCUGCUCAGAGCUCGCUUGAUCGUCCAGAAUGAAACUGCACCCAAGUCAGAUGAUCGCGUAGCUGGUGCAAGCUCUUUCAAAGUCGAUCCUGAUACCGAAGUGCGCUUUCCCGUGUCUUUCAUACCCACUUCACCCUGUCCGCCUCUUCAUCUCGUCGGCUUGGGCGUUCGCAAGGUAUCCUUUCUCAGAGUCAAGGUAUAUAGCGCGGGCUUCUACAUCGAGGAGUCAAGGAUCAAGAAUCUGCAUCAUGUUCCGGGAUGGCAUAACUUCACCGCCCUGCAUCUUCUCACUCCCCCAUCACCAUCUGGUUCAGAUCCCCUUGGCGCUCCACAAAUGACGGGAGAGGCAUUGAUCAAGUCGCUGUUGGAUCAAUCGGUGUCUUGUGCUGUGAGGAUCGUUCCGGUCCGAAGCACCGACUUCAGCCACCUGCGGGAUGGUUUCACCAGAGCUCUAAUCGCUCGUCAAAAGCUCGCUCGGACAUCAGGCUCUAUCACCGAGACAGAGGAUGCUCGGAUCACGGAAUCGAUACAAUCCUUGAAAUCCCUCUUCCCAUCGCAAAAAGUGCCCAAGGGCCAUUCAUUAUCACUGGUACGGACCAAAGGAUCACUUGCUGUGGAGUAUGAGGGCCGACCGCUCGGCGAGGUGAAGGACGCCUGGCUGGCGAGAGAAAUGAUGCUAGCUUAUUUUGCGGAUAAGGAUGUUAUCUCGCCAAAGCUCAAGGAGGAUGUAGCUCAAGGCUUUGAAGACCUGAUGAAGUGAAACGCUGAGAUGGACAGGUAGAAAGGUCCUCAGAUUAUGUACUUUACUACUUACUGCCAACGACGACGGACCAACAUACACAGCAUCAUGCAUAGCGACAUAUUCAAAGGCGG